AUGAGUUCCUGGACGAUACGAUUCCUUCGGGAUACGCCGUCCAGGUUGCACACCAUUCCCCCCCAAGCAAAGGGCAGACUCUUCUACGAAAACAUGCCGGGCGUAGAUCCGAUGAUAACAAUCGUUAAGAUCAGCGGCCCAAAGGCAGGAGACGGGGAGCCCAGUGCGUAUAUCCAAUGGUCGCAGUCUCUGAGCAGGGAUCAGUGGCCCGACAUCUGGACUGGUUCGAGGACCGUGGCUUUCGAUCCCUCUUGGGCCCUCGCACCCCCAACUUGUGGCCAUCUGGGCUUACAAUCCAGUACGGCCAUCGAUUCCAUGUAUUUGGUCUAUAGAUCAGAAACUGCUUUUUUCGAAGAGCAUGACGCGCAAAAUAGAAAGUUUAAAGGUAGAAAACUGAAAAAUGCUGCCCUAAAUCCACAACCCCCGCUGCCGUCCAGUUAUUCCCCUCGAUUUUGUCUUACUCUCAAGGACCUCCUCACGGGUACCAAGGUUGGAUAG